AUGAAUUACUCGAGUACAUCCUUCAUAUUUCCUCUGUCAUUUUUUACUUAUGAUUCGUUGAUACUGCUUGAUUUACGUUUCGACCUUGCUGUUAUUGCCAAAUUCAUUAUUCCUAACACAAUUUAUUUUCCAAAUCUCAAGAUUCUUCGGCUCGAGUCUCUUCAGUUUCUGAAUGAGAUUACCUCGACAAGAAAAUUCUUUUCAAACUGCCCCAUCCUUGAAAAGUUGAGUUUGACUUUUUGUGAUAUUUUCGAGCGGUUACGCAUUGGACACCCUACACUGAAGCACUUGGCCAUUACUUACUGUGGAUUUACAGAGUCUACGGUGGAGAUUGAUGCUCCUAUUUUAUUGACCAUUAGCUACACAGGAGAGCCAGCAACAGACUUUCUCCUUGGUAGCUUUCCGUCACUAGUGGAGGCCACUGUUAACUUAAAUAUUCAGGAUUUUGAAGAAUACGAUGACCCAAACAAAGUAUUUGUCAAGAUUUUUGAAGAGCUUUCAAGUGAAAAGCUCCUUAAAAUAUGUGCUGACUCAUUUCUGAGUGUUAAAAUCACUUGCGUAGAAGAUGAGGAUUGUUGGUCACUUGAUCCUAAAUGUUUGCCACCACACCUCAAGGUAAUCAAAUUUAAAAUUUUUGAAGGUCAUUCCAUGGAGCUAAAUGCAAUUAAUCUAUUUCUGAAGUAUGUCCAGUUUCUUGAGUGUGUAACCAUUGUAGCUUCUCUAAGGCUCUUCGAAGACCACUUGGAACAAAACAGUGUAAUUAAGCAGCUUCUAAUGUUUCCGAAACCCCCAAAUUGUGUGGUUAAGUUCUUGACAAGCUCUUCAGACACUUAA